AUGGCCAAUCAUAUUAGAGAAUCGCAAGCCUGGAAAGAGAGAUGUAUUCAUGAAGACAAGGCAGCACUCUCCUUCAUCAAUUCCUACAUUCUGGCACGAGAGAUGAACGGAAACUCACCUACCUCUAAAGGGCCUAACAAUAUACCACCCGGAUUUAAACCCAAAGCCUUGCCUCACUUGUUAGAACCCAUUGAAAAGAAAGCACCAACAUCCAAUCAUGGGGAUGUUUCAAACCGAUCCAGUAGGGUUUCAGAGGAUGACUCCUUAUCCGUGCGAUCAUACAAAUCCAAUGCCAGCUCGGUUUCCAAUGGUUCUCGCUCGGUGAGAUCGGAUAGAUCCACAAGAAGUACCUUGGACGAAGAUAGCAAGAGAAAAAUUGACAUGUUAGAGAAGAGUCUGAAUGAAGAAAGGAAAGGAAGACUCGAGGUGCAGCAAGAACUGGAAAGUUUGAAACAACUUAUUAAGGAAAACUUGAAAAAAUAA